AUCCCUCCCCGGAUUUGACAGACACGCACGCACCUCCGCUGCUUGUAAACACAAGCUCACACGUGACGCCGAGAGCCGAGCCGCGCGACCGCAUUGUCUGGCAGCGGGGACAAAGAGCAACACAGUCCGCGCGAGCGUCCGGGGCAGGUGAGCAGCCAGGUGUCAUGACAACCACGGUGUCUGCCCCAAAAUGAAGCCGAGGUCACCUCUUCGGUUACGCCGAUGCGUCCGAUGAACUUAUCCACGUCUGAGCCGUUCGAGGCGAUAACGACGUGAGCUGCGCUUUCGCCCGCUCGCUCACAACUGGCAGCGGGUAAACAAAGCUGGACAUCCUUUGUUUCACCUUUUUUUUAUUUUGGUCGCUCGUUCGCUCGCGCUGCGCCACGUUUGACGCUACUUUUUUAGCCGUUUGACGGCAGCUAGCUAAGUUAGCAGUAGCCUCUAGUCUCGACUCGCGAGGAGAUUUCCCAGCUAGAUACGUUAAUCUUCUUAUUUUUUACUGGCUGGAUGAAAUGUCAUUCACCAUGGAGGAUAACCUGGAGUGCGGGUGGGUGUCCGUCCGACCUAAAAUCUUCGAUGAGAAGGAGAGGCACAAAUUUGUUUUCAUCGUGGCCUGGAACGACAUCGAGGGAAAGUUCGCCAUAACCUGCCACAACAGAACCGUGCAGAGACGGACUACUUUUCUGGACCCGCUGCUCGACUGUAACGCUAGCGCCGCGGCUACGCUCCCCGUCCCCGGUGCCUCCGUGGCAGAAAAACACGCAAAAAGCCUGGUCUCGACGAGGAAAGAUGGAGUCUGCCCAGCGGGUAAAGUUAGACCACACUCCGUCCCCAAAGGAAAACCCACAGCAAAAACGGCCGGCGGGGAAAAUAAGGCUCAUCAAGUCGGUGGUUCACAUAUAUCGGAGUCUUUAAGUCCCACGUUAGAGUCGUGGGAUAUUGUGACACCCAAAGUGAUGGACAUAGAGAUCCUGGACCCCGUGGACGUGCUGCUCUCUCCGGACGACGCAGACCCGGGGGACGGCGAAAACGUCGCCGGCGGCCGCGAGGACUUCAGCUGGGCCGGGCUCUUCUCCUUUCAGGACCUGAGGGCAGCUCACCUCCAGCUCUGCGCCGUCAACUCCGACUUAGAGCCGUGCCUGCCCUCCUUCCCGGAGGAGCAGUCGGGGGUGUGGACGGUCCUGUUCGGUGGGCCCGGCGUGUCGCAGCGGGAGACGGACGCCCUGUGCUACCAGCUACAGGUGUACCUCGGCCAUGCCCUGGACACCUGCGGCUGGAAGAUCCUCUCGCAGGUGCUUUUCUCCGAGAGCGACGACGUGGAGGAGUACUACGAGAGCCUGAGCGAGCUGCGGCAGAAAGGCUACGAAGAUGCGCUGGAGCGAGCCAGAAGACGCAUGCAAGAGGUGUUGGACAAGCACAAAGCCAUGGACAGUAUGGUGGAUCUGCUGCAGGUGUACCCAGAGGAGGACGAGGCGUAUGGAGAGAUGCUGGAGGCAACAACUCAGCUGUACCACUACCUGCUUCAACCUUUCAGGGACAUGAGGGAGCUGGCAAUGCUGCGUAGACAGCAGAUUAAGAUCUCUUUGGAGACGGAGCGCCUGGGUCCUCGCCGCGUAGAGAGCCUGAGAAGGGAGGAUGAGGAGUGGCAGAAGAAGGCUAACUCUGCAGUGCUCUCCAUACAGGACCUGACUGUCAAGUUCUUUGAAACCACAACUCGAGCACAGAAAGCUCUGUAUGAGCGCAUGCGAGCUGACCAGAGGAAGUUUGGCAAGUCGGCGUGGGCAGCAGCAGUGGAGCGCAUGGAGCGGCUGCAGUACGCCGUGUCCAAAGAAACGCUGCAGCUGAUGAGAGCCAAAGAAGUCUGUCUGGAGCAGAGGAAGCAUGGCUUGAAGGAGGAGAUGCAGAGUCUGCAAGGUGGAGAAGAUGCCAUGCUGCGCCUGGACCAGCUGGAGGCGCUGUACUACAAGCUACAGCUGCAGCUGUAUGACAUUCAGGCAGAGGUGCUGCGCUGCGAGGAGCUGCUGCUCACGGCCCAGCUGCAGAGUCUACGGAGGCAGAUGACAGAACGACAGGAUGAGGUGGUCUACUACGAUGCCUUCGAGAGCCCCGAUGCCAUGAAGGGCAUUGAAGACCCUGCAGCGCCGCCAUCCCCCCUCAGAGAUGAAGAUUUCAGUGUCCUACAGCAGAGGACGCGGCAGCUCGAGGCCCGCAGAGGUCGCAUCACUGCCAAGAAAGUCUACCUCAAAAACAAGAAGGAAAUCUGUGUUGUCAACCACAACCAGAAGGUGCAGCAGCAGCAGGAAGGAGGCCAUGCAGACGGCAGCUCUCUGCAUGCGCUGCCACAGGCAGGAGAAGCUGAUGAGGACAAUGAAGCCAAUCAAAAUGCCAGAGUGAGUCAGGAGAGGCAGAGGACCCUGGACAGACUUCGCAGCCUCAAACAGCGUUAUCCAGGUCAGGUGACUCUGAAGUCCAACCGGCUGCGUCUGAGCCAGACUCGGAGGAGAGCUGGACAGCAGCCCAACACCCAGGCGGCCAGCGUUCAGACCGACUGCAUCUCCGACCUCCCAGAGCUCUCCGCACCUCCGAUUCCUGAUCCUUGCAGCUGCGACAGUGUGUCCUUACCAACCGUCGAACUGCAAAGCCUCGACUCCUCUCCUCCCUUCCUCUCCCUGCCAUCUCCAUCUGUCCUUUCACUGGUUCCUCCACCACCACCUCCUCCACCUCCCCCGCCUCCUCCUCCACCCCCCUCAGAGGACCAGCAGCAGGGUGAGAGGAGGGAGGAGAAGCCCACAGACGCCCCAGUGCGCCACCAUAAAGAUGAGUCCGAAUCCGCAUCGCUACCAUUUUCCCCUCGGUUCUUUGACAGCAGCCAGCUGCAGACGGCGAGGAAGAAGCUGAGGAAGACGUCCUCGCUGGACUCAUCACAGUGGAGGAGAGCGAGCUCCCCCAUGGAUGAGGUGCUGGCUUCUCUCAAACGAGGCAGUUUCCACCUGAGGAAGGCCGAGCUGCGGGUCUUGGCUCCGGACCCAGACGACGACAGCAACAACAUCCUGGCUCAGAUCCGACAGGGCGUGCGGCUCAGAAAGGUACGGAGUCGACCAGAGACCCAGCGGCACGCCAAGAGCUUCCCCCACUCGACCGACGCUCUGACCCGCAGCAUCCACGAGGCUCUGAGGAGAAUCAAAGAGGCUUCACCAGAGUCAGAGUCUGAGGAUGAAGGCCUUCCAUGCACUGACUGGGAAAACUAGUUUGUGUUGUCGAAGGAUUUUUUUUGUUUUUAUCUUCAACAAAGAGUCAAGGAGACAAGCUGGGGUUAAAUCACCUGAAGGUACCUUGGUGCAAUCUGAACAAAACCCCUUGAUUCCCUUUUUUAUAUCAAAAACAGCUCAGAAUAGUUUUUCAUACUUCUGCAUGUUUGGAAAAUGGACCACUGAUCUUUUUAAAGUUGUUGUUGUUAUUGUUGUGGCAUUUUGGCAAGGAUACAACCUCCAACCUCUCAUUAUGUUAGUCUACAAGUCCUACUGUACUGUAGCUUGCUGUGAUGGGUUUGUCCUAGGAUGUAAGCGUUUGUUUCUACAUUUCUCAGUCUUCAGACUCCGCUGAAGACCCUUCCACUUUUUUACUGCAUUUAAUGCAGCAUAGGAACAUUUACAUAGGAAUGAUUUGAGAUUUAAGAGAGUUGGUUGCUGGUUGUGAAACAAGAACAACCACACCAGAUGACAUGACAUGACAUGACAGUCAUCAAAAUGUCUUUGUCGAUAGAAAGUACUGACCAAACCAUGGUCACCGACUGACUCUCAAAUAAUAAUUAGAAACACACAGAGGUAGAAUUUUAAAAAUUUACGUAAACCAUAACAGGAGGGAGAGUUUAGGGGUAAAUUUAAAACAUUCAGCAGUUUGAUUGUUGUAUUUAAAAACUAUAUGAAUAAAUGUAUUAAUAAUAAAUAAAUAACAUUUUAGAGUCAUACAUUACAUAGAUCGCGAUAGAACACAUUAUGUUUACUUUACAAUGAAAGUAAUCUGCUGCAGAGGAGCUGCUAGUGGCCAAGUUAGAGUUUAAAUGGUGCUAAUUUGCCAAAGUGUAAAUGAAUACAGGCAAAGAAGGAACUGUUUAAUGUCAUAGCUUGUAGCUACAAGCAAUUAACUGAAUCCAUCCAACGUUAUCGCAACUGUCUGAUGGCGGCCACAGUUUUACAGACUUUAGAGAAAGCUGAUCCAGAAAUUGUUUACACAGAGCCAACACAGGAUCAGAUACAGAAAGGAGAGUAAACAUCUGUUCCUUCACGUGUCUAGUUUAUGAACAUCUGAGUUCAAGUUUAUAGAGAGUAAUAUGUUUGCUGCCUAAGUCCUGUUUCCAGAAAGCAACUCUGGAAAUAUUAGAACAAACAUCAGCUGUAGGAGUCCAUCACUCACAUUACUUUGCCUUCUCUUAACACCAGGUCAGUAUUGUGACUACAUCUAUCUUAACCUGUUGAAAUCUAAAGGAUUACUUGAAUCUAGUAUAGGUCACUUUGUGUUGGACUGUUACCUACUUUUACUUUCUCACUUUUUUAAGUAGAGAGCUGAUUGAAUGGAUGAACUAAUACAGUCGCAAUCAUCCGUUGUAGUUGAAGUGAUUGAGAUUGACAGAAGAGCAACUAUUUAACAACUCACACUGUUUGACUGUAAACGGUAUCUCUUUGACUUCUGAGUUUAAAGACAGCUUUGGUUUAGGACGCUUUGGUGUGGAUGAUUAAGGUCAUUUCUUUUGUCUGCUAGUAGUGGCUGGAGCCUCGUGCUCUCUAAACCUGACAGCGACUAAGUCAGUGUGUGAAGUUAUUUUGUUUUUGUUGUUUUUAACUCACCUGAGAGUCUCUCUCUCCUUUUUCACUGCCUUGUUUCUAUUCCUUUUCCGACUCACUGGAGUUGUUUGGGUUUGUCGUGUGAUUUUUUUUUUUUUUUUUUUUUUACCAGUUCUGUCAUGUAUGAGUUGUGUCAAAUGCAUCUUCAGCUGAAAUUCAAAAACCACACUUACUUUACUCCUGUAAUGAAGAGGCUACGCACUGAGUGGAUCAUGGGUCAAUUUAAAAGGAUAGUUACUGAAAUAUGUUUGAUGCAACUCUCAUCUCUGUGCAGUAAAUAUGAAGAACCAGCGACUCAUUCCUUUAAAAACACAAACAAAGCAGGAAUGUCAAUGUCUAAUUGCUGUAAAAAUGCUUCAACAAACAGUCAGCAUGUAAUUUCACUUCACAGUGAAUAUAUGCAGUACUUGAGGCACUCUGAGGAGGCGCUCCCUGAACAUGAUGCGCAGAUGUGAGACGUGGUGUCAAACAUUUAGUCUAAGUCUGCUCAUUCAGUCACAGCUGCCCUUCGUCAUGGCGCAGAGUGCGUUGCAUGACGACGCCGUGGCUCAGACUGUUUCUCUCAUUAGCAGCAGGUGAGCCUGCUCUGACUUCACCCGCUCUCCAGUUUCUGAUACUCGUGCUUUUUCAGCAUCUUUGUAAAACAUUUGUAAAAAACAAAAUCCAGAUUGUGACUUUGUAGAUUUUUAUUCCAACCAUGACACUAGUUUCGACCUUUGACCUUUACGACCUUAUGCAUGUGACUGGUUUGAGGAUGAACCCAUCACAACGUAAGUGCAAUAAUGAAGAUGAGUCGUUUUAUGAAUUAUACUGUAACGAAAUGUAAAUCCUGAAAAUAUAUCCGCAUGCCUAAAUGUACUGAAGUAUUUAUUGAAACUUCAUAUUUUAAAGCAUACAAAUGUACUUUGUAAGGUUUUUUGUUUUCUAUCAUGACAUUCUUCCUGCUUUCUACAUCCCACUGAUUAUAUUUUUCCUUUCAAAAUAAAAAUAAGAUACAGAAAAUUGAAAA